AUGGGAAUUGGAGUUGUGUUCGUUGUUAAGUUCCCCUCAUGUGAACGUCUGACGAAGGAGAUAUCGCGCGCCUAUGAACUAAUGAGUGAAGCCAGCGUGUCAAACGCCACUUGGUCACCCAUCCAGCCCAUCGGUAAAGAAGAAGCACGGGAUCCGCGUGCUCGCCUCGCAGCAUGUGAUCGUGGGCGGGCGCGCGCUCGCAUGCAGCACGGGGCGUUUCGCUCGUCGGUGCUGUUGGCUGUGGAGGAGCCCGCGCCCCCGCCCGCCCCCGCGCCCGCCCCGGCCCCGCGCCGCCCCCCCCGCCCACGCGCAGGCGGCGACGCGGCCAUGCGUCAUCACGCAGUACACGGCGCUGCUGCUGCAGAGCACGGCGGGGCCCAGGGGGCCCAGGGCGCCGGCCCUUCGCCGGGUACCGGGGCGCCCCCGGCCCAGCCACCACCCCCGCCGCCACGGACUGCUGAUGAAACCUUCGCGCUGGAGACAUUAAAUUGA